CCCUAGCGGUAGGUGCUCAGGGAAUCACAAGGUUCUUGGCUCUAAAUUAAGAUCCAAGAAGCCUGAAGCUGUGGGCAGAGGAAGUGAGAAGGAAGGAAGCCAAAGAGACAGGAGUAGACAGACACCGGGGCCAGGAGGCAGCAGGGACCCCUCUGGGAUGCGGAAGGUGGGGCUGGGGGCUACUUUAGGGAGUUUUUCCCUAAGUGGAUGCUGAGAAGCAGUGGAUGCUGGGAAGCAGCAGCUGGCUGGCUGUAAAGGCUGAAAAUCUGGGUCACAGCUGAGGAAGACCUCAGACACGGAGUGCAGGAUGUGGCCUGCUCUAUUGCUGUCCCAACUCCUCCCUCUCUGGCCGCUGCUGUUGCUACCCCUCCCACUGCCCGUUCAGGGCUCCUCCCCUCGAUCCCCACCAUCCACGGCCCGUCCCCCCUGCGUCCGGGGUGGCCCCUCAGCCCCUCGCCAUGUGUGUGUUUGGGAGCGGGCUCCUCCACCAAGCCGAUCCCCACGGGUCCCGAGAUCACGUCGGCAAGUUCUGCCGGGCACUGCACCUCCUGCCACCCCAUCGGGCUUUGAGGAAGGGCCUCCCUCAUCUCAGUACCCCUGGGCUAUUGUGUGGGGUCCCACAGUAUCUCGGGAGGAUGGAGGGGACCCCAACUCUGUCAAUCCUGGAUUUCUGCCCCUGGACUAUGGCUUUGCAGCCCCACAUGGGCUGGCUACCCCGCACCCCAACUCAGACUCCAUGCGGGAUGAUGGAGAUGGACUCAUCCUUGGGGAAACACCUGCUACCUUGAGGCCCUUCCUCUUUGGGGGGCGUGGAGAAGGUGUGGACCCUCAGCUUUAUGUUACCAUCACCAUAUCCAUUAUCAUUGUUCUUGUGGCUACUGGCAUCAUCUUCAAGUUCUGCUGGGACCGCAGCCAGAAGCGGCGCAGGCCCUCAGGGCAGCAAGGUGCCCUGAGGCAGGAGGAGAGCCAGCAACCACUGACAGACCUGUCCCCUGCUGGAGUCACUGUUCUGGGGGCCUUCGGGGACUCACCUACCCCCACCCCUGACCAUGAGGAGCCCCGAGGGGGACCCCGGCCUGGGAUGCCACAGUCCAAGGGGGCUCCAGCCUUCCAGUUGAACCGGAUUCCCCUGGUGAAUCUGUGAUGCCCCCCCCUCCAUGUUGGGGUGCUGCCAAGCAGGAGGCCAAGUGGCCAGCAUAGCCACCAUCCACUGAGGGUGGGGCCACCGUGGGGAACUGGGACCAUGGUGGGGGGCUCCCAGCCCCUGCCCUUGCACACCACCCGGAACACUCACUGACCCCAUGGGCAAGCCCAACUGUCUGCCUCCAGUGGUUGGGGGCUUCCCACACUUGUGACUUUGGGUCCCCCACCCCCACCCUGCACACUCACAUAAAAGCCUUGCACACUCCACCGUCCACCCUCACAGGCCAUAGCACACUCUCAGCUCUCCAUUCUGCUCUGCUCUGUGUCCCCGUCCACGGCUGCUCAGCUGGCUCCUAGCCUCCCCCCCUCUCUCCUCCCUCUCUCUCUCUCUCUCUCUCUCUCUCUCUCUCUCUCUCUCCCUCUUGUUGCACAUGUUCUAUCCCCCUCUGCAUUUUCUGUGCCCAACUCAGACUGGGCUGUGCAUUUCUGGCCCAAUACAUGGCAUAGAGUACCUACUCUGCCUCAACACCCACUGGUCUAGUUUCUGUGGCCCUUGCAUGCUGCCCUAGAGGUGGGUGGGAGGUGAGCUAGGGGCUCCUUGGGCCGUCUGUCAUGGCUGCAUCUCAUUCCAUGUCUUAGGUUUCACUGUCCUUCCAUCCAUCCCAUUCCAAGGGCACCGGCAUUGCUCCGAGGGCUCCCCCAUAGGAAUGGGGGCAGUGAGGCCCAAUUGCUAAAUCCUGUCAUCCAUCUGAAAGAUGGCUUUGGGGGAGUCACCUGC